GUGCAACUAUUCUCUUACAGAUACAUGCACCAUGUCUGCGCAAGCCUGUGUACAUAUUCCUCGUCUCAGCGCUGCAUUAUCUGAACUGCGUCUGCUUGCGAGCAAGCUUGCCCUACCUAAGGAUCGAUGACAUCAAUAUAUUGUACAGACAUGGAAUGUCAGGCAGUGCUGCAACACGAAUUAACAAGGGCAAUUGGCUGCCUAAGCUUUUCCUGGGAUGGCAUCAAAUUCACAGACCUGGGUAGCACAGCUGGCAGGGCGAAUCCACUAUCAAUGAACGGGGGCAAUCCCCCAGAUACAGCAAUUUUCAGAUCGUACCUUUCCAAAACGACAGCAAAAACUCUGGAAAUGAGUGACGCCUUGUGUACUCUGAAAAAGAUGCAACGCUACCCACCUUGAGGGUAGCGGGCCUUCUCAGCGCCUAGUGACUGAUUCCUACUGAUUCCAAUCUGCUCAUAGCCUUAUCCUCAGAUUGCUCACCUAGUGAUAUUCAAACUGCUCACCACGUUGUCAACCCUGUCUUGCACACAGAUCUAUCGCCAUCCACCUCACCUAGACAGAUAGCGCUUUGGGACAGCAAAACAACUUAGGCCCAUCGUAUUUUGCGACUUCCAUCCAACAAGAUACUCGUUCCUUUGUCUGGCAUGCUCGCCUGCAAAAUCCUCAGAAUUGCUCAUGCUAAUUGAUUUGGGAGACUGACAACUGUCCCCUUCUCAUGCCGUAUCCAUGCAUGUCUCUGCACGGCAAGACCCAUCCCUUCCGCGGUAUCAAGGAUGAGAAGCAUGCAUCCUGGGUGCAGAGGCCUCCUCAGUAGGUCUCCCGCUCUCCCAGGGACUCAGUGUUGCCGCUGUUUGAGCG